UCAAUCAUGGCGACCUUCAUGAUAGAUCCACGAGAUCAUGACGCGUCAUAACUUGUCUGUUUAACUUUAUUUCAGCACAUAUUUAGUGCAGAUGCAAUGGGUUUAGUAAGACAUGUCGUGUGUGCAAUGUCUGGAGGGGUCGACAGCUCCGUUAGUGCUCUUCUACUCAAAAGAAUGGGAUAUCACGUGACCGGAGUGUUCAUGAAGAACUGGGAUACUCAUGAUGAGAGAGGAGUCUGUUCCUCAGAAAAGGACUGUGAAGAUGCUUAUAAAGUGUGUAAGAUGCUAAACAUGCCUUUCCAUCAGGUGUCAUAUGUCAAAGAAUAUUGGCAUGAAGUGUUCAGUAAUUUACUUAGCGAAUAUGAAAAAGGGAGAACACCAAACCCAGAUAUAUUGUGUAACAAACACAUUAAGUUCAAGCACUUCUAUCAGUAUGCUGUCAAUACCUUAGGUGCUGAUGCCAUGGCAACAGGACACUAUGCCCGAACAUCUCAAGAGGAUGAGGAGGUUUUCCAACAAAAGUACACUCCACCUCUUCGAACCCUCUUCAGAGACCGAUUUGAAAUCAGAAAGGCGGUGCGGUUGUAUCAGGGUGCUGAUCGCUUGAAGGAUCAAACCUUCUUCCUUAGCCAGAUCUCCCAGGAUGCUUUGCGACGCACAUUAUUCCCCUUGUCUGGACUAACCAAAGACUUUGUAAAGAAAAUAGCGGCUGAGGCCGGCUUUCAGCAUGUUCUGAAGAAGAAAGAGAGCAUGGGAAUCUGUUUCAUUGGAGAAAGAAAUUUCGAGGAGUUUAUCCUUGAGUACCUAGAGCCCAAACCUGGAAAUUAUGUUUCUAUUGAAGACGGGAAGAUAAUGGGACAGCAUAAAGGCUGGUUCACAUCAACACUGGGGCAGAGGGCUAGAAUAGGAGGGCAAAAAGACCCUUGGUUUGUGGUUGAUAAAGACAUCACAACUGGUGACGUUUUUGUGGGUCCAACAACUAACCACUCAGCACUGUUACGAGACACAUUACAGACGGACCGCUUUCACUGGAUAGCGGAAGAACCACCUUUUGAGCUCAUCCGCACUCAGAUGAUGGAAUGUCACUUUUGUUUUAACAACCGGAUGCCUUUAACUCCAUGCACUGUGACCUUAAAUCUAGAUGGCUCAGUGUGGGUAAUGGUUAAACAGCCAAUGAGAGCACUGACACCUGGCCAGUUUGCUGUGUUGUAUAAGGGCGACGAAUGCUUAGGGAGUGGAAAAAUUAUUCUUCUGGGACCCACAAAAUACACUCUUCAGAGAGGUCAAAACUUGAUAAACUGCACACCUAAAGGAACAAGCUGUUGUCAUCCGGAGCCCAUGAGCUGAGACCCUGCUCUGAAAACAAUUUCUGAAUAACACCAUAGCAGGCUUGUGCUGUUCAAAGACAAACCAAACAUUUUGGACUGUCAAAAUGCAAAGACAUUGAGACAUAAGAGACAAGCCAUGAUAGCUUCUGUGAUGUUUCAAUGAAUCUUUUCAAGUGUGAUUUUUAUGUAAUUAAUAUGGAAAUAUAUUCGUAGGCUAUUAUAUAAAAACAUUUUUAUGAAUUUGUAAAUUGUUAUAGUGACUUCAUCGCGUUCUUACUUCUGAAUAAUUUGUGCAGCCUUCCAGAGAAAUAUUAAGCUAGUUUUAGUGUUUUUCAGUCCUGUUCUAAGUUUCGGUCAGUAGAGGGCGUACGCACAUCUGUAAUGUCGCCUACUAGAGACGCUCAAAAUCUGCGGUACACGCAGCUAUGGGAUAUACAUUUCUAUUACAUAGAUUCAGAUUUAUUGGCAGAUAUGUCCAAAGUCACUUUAAAUAAGAGCAUUCUAGUGAGCCAACAAUAACUGUCUACAAUAUGUUUGUAUAGGACGAGUUGAAGUGUUCAUAGGAAAAAAGAACAACGGCAGCCUAGGUUUUUUCUUGGAGGUAAAUUUAGAAAUUAGAAUUUAAAAAUGAUAUAUGAUAAGUAAAUUGUAAUACUUUGACAAUUUUAGGUAAUUUAAAAAUGCAAAUAACAAGCUUUUUUGUAGAUUUUCUUUUAAACAAUGAAUUAAGAUCAGAUUUUACGAAUUAAAUGUAUGGUUUUUCAACUGCUUUCAUUUUCAGAUUUCACGUUAUAAAGAACUAAUUUAUUGAA